AUGCCGGUGACUCAGAAGCAAGGCGGCAGCUUGGCGCCCGUGAACCAACCCCGCUUGUUCAGCCGCAGCAGCUCCAGCGGGGGCCUUGGGGCGGGCGCGAAUUUGUCGCGGAAUUGCUUCCCCCUGCGCAGCAGUCUUAUGCGCACCCCGCCAAGUCGGCCACACCACCCUUCCUACUCGUUUGCGAGCGCGGGCGGCGGGGAGGGAAGGCUCUCGCCGCACCCGGCGCCGUUUGACGCCUACCCUAUUCCUCCCUCUGGCGGAGUGCUCGAGCGGCUGCAUAGCAGCCGCCGCGGGUUUGGGUCCCGCAGCGAGGACUCGCUGCCGGUCUUGGACCUCGAGAGCGUGGCGAGCGAGGCGGCGGCGGCGGCGCACGCGAUGCCGCGUGGGGAGUUAGAAGUUGCAGUGAAGGAGCUUGACACGGAGAACCUCAUGCUGCAGCGGACCGUCCUGCGCAGUCGCGAGGAACUGGCGAGGCUGCAGGAUGGGAUGCGGGAAACGUAUGAGACGGCCGAGAAGGAGGGUGAGAGCAUCGUCAAUCACCUCACCCGCCGCCUAAAUGCCGUGCAGCACAAGAAGGAGCAGCUGGAGGCGCAGCUGCGCAGCGAGGAGGCGAGGAAGGCGGAGCAGGAGCAAAAGCUGCUCACCCUCAAACUGAGCAGUUACAAGUUGUCGAGGCGCGUGCAGCACGAGGAGGAGGAGGCGCUGAAAAAGUUGACCGAUCAGCUGCAGCAGCUGCAAGUGCAACGGCAAGGUCUUGAGAGCCUCCUCUCAGAGCAGUCCUCCUCGCUGCAGCAGCUACAGGAACUCGUGGAAGGUCUACAAACUUCGACGGGCUGCAGCCCUGAUCCUUCCUUGGCGCAUGCAGGAGGCGCGGAGGCGGGUGGGGGCGCAAAGCCCACCAGCGUCGAGGCGGCGGCAUCGGGCGAGCAGAUCUCGUCGCAGAGUGGCACUGGCGAGCACGCAGAUCCAGCGAGCGACCCGCAGGAGAUGCUUCAGUACCUCAAACAUGAAGUCUCUUUUGUAGAGCGACUACAACGUGACGCCUUCGAGCGGGGAGAACGGUACAGGCUGAGGCGCCUGGAGCUUGAACAGCGAAUCUCGUGUGCAGAACGCGAACGUCGCUGCAACCGUCACUCAUUAGAGGGAAUUCAUCAGGAACUGGUGGAGACCACUGCCACCGCGUCGGAAUUGGCCUCCGCGGCGGAGAUAGCGAGGGAGGUGAUGAUUGACCGUCAGAUCCAUGCCCGUAGUCGCACGGGCUCCCUCACCAGUGGCAGCCAUGGCUUUGAGACGCCGAAGCGCGUUGCGGAGUUAGCGAGGGAUCUGACCACGGGGUCUGGGCAGCUGCAGUCGAGUCCCGCCUCCUCGCAGAAGUAA